CUGUCAGCCGCACGUAAUUCUUCCUUUCUCCCAUCGUCUCAGGUCUGCCUGGGCCCUGGUAGAUCGACGAGACCGUCGUUGACCUAGCGGCCUAAUGGCUCAGAUCGCCUUACUACUUGGCUGCUUUGAGAAAGCCCAAACUUGGCGGCGGCUUGCUAUGUUUACUGUCGCCAUUUUGGUGGCAGGCACGUUCAACUUCCUGUCCAUUCGCCACUUCACUAGCACUCGUCGCAAUUUUCGGGGCAUCCCACACUCUAGGGCCAGCUGACAGCGCUUCAUGGCCAUAUGGGCUUCUUUACUCUAUCACCCCGCUACCUAUGACUUUUGCUAACUUUAUGUUCAGGGAACCUUCCUGAGUUCUUGACCCAGCCUUGUGGCAAAUUUGAGUUGCAGUGGCGAGAGAAAUUUGGAUCCAUAUAUGGCUUGAAGGACAGUUUCUCUAUCUAAACGAUGCUAAAAUAUUGAUUUCACAAGUUCAUCGCAAUGUCACAUGUCAAGCCUCGGAAAGGAAGGUCCACUGGCACUCCGGAACGAAGUUACUAAGCGAAUUUCGAACGAAAACGCCUGAUCUCCUGCGUUUACGCUAGCACGCCUUCAGUCGUGUGUUCCUGCCAUAAGUGAUCCUCGAUCCCCGUUCCGUCUUGUAUGGUCCGCUGCGUUGAAUUGUCGAAAGCGGCUGUCCAUUUCACGCUAUUAUUACGUGAUGAAAUCCCGGCAUGUCACGUAAAUAAAGAGCCUAUUCUUGCAACUUCCCGUGGCAAGGCCACCAUGACCGAACCAUCAGCCAUGGUUAGAAUGAAUUUUUCUGGUAUCUAUGUCUCGGGGUCAUAGAGUAACGUGGCGAGGUCCCUGGACCCUGGGGGAAUUGGGCUAUAACCGCGACCAAGUUGUACAAAAAUUUUUUCAACUCGCCCUCAUCUCUUGCUGGCUUGACCGGACUCCAAAUGGUUCUCCCACUACACCUUUCCGAAUCCUGGAUGCUCACUUUGAUAGCUGUCGCCAUAUGUGCAGCAAGCACAUUCUUGCUCGCCGUUCUCCGGUUUCUCCGUCGUGACCCCCACGUUCGAGGCAUUCCAGGACCUGUCUAUGAGGCCUCGUGGUUAUAUGGAAAUCUCCCAGAGCUUUUGCUAUCCCAACCGUAUGAACAGUUUGUAUUGAAGUGGCAACGACAGUACGGGUCGACAUAUCGCAUCAAGGGAUGUUUCUCCGAGGAUCUCCUUUUUACCUCCGACCCAGCAACAAUUCGAUAUAUUCUGAACGACCCUAUAUUGUUCGACUUCCCACCUAGUCGGCGUUUCCUUGCGUUGAUGUUAUUUGGAGAGGAAAGUAUAUUGGCGCAAGGGACCGGAGGAAAGGGCCACCGUCAUAUCAAAAAUGCCUUCUCUCCGGCUUUCUCGCCAGCUCGCCUGCAAUUAUAUGUUCCGUUUAUGAGGGACAUUUCUCGAAAGGCUGUAGAUAAACUCAUGGAACAGUACCUCAAGAGCGAGCGAAAUAAUUCGGAGGAGGCCGUGGUCGAUAUCCUUGAUAUCCUCCAACACGUAACCUCAGACAUUAUCGGCGAACUGGCAAUUGGCCACAACUUUAACGCCACAGAGACUGAUGGAGGUGACGAAAUUGCUCGAAGUCAUCGGAGUGUAGUGAUUUUAGGUUCGAAACGCUCGAAAAGUGCGAUUUUGGGGGACAGUUUACUCCCCCGUUUACCGCGUCCCAUAUUGAAAUGGAUAGUCACCCUCCCCGUGCAACCGUUCAAGACGCUUCUCAGUUUCCGUCACAUGACCGAUGAGUGGGCCACGCAAUUGUUGAGGGAGAACCUAGAGGACGAGGAUGAUAAGGAUGCUGGGUUGAUCGGCUUUGUCGCGUCUGCGAACAAAAGUAAGAAACGAGAACGAUUGACGUUUCAAGAAAUUAGUCGGCAAACCCCUACGUUUCUGGUUGCAGGACAGGAGACAACUGCAACGGCUAUUGGAUGGGCAAUAUAUGAACUCGCGAAGAGUCCAGCAUGGCAAGACCAAGUUAGGAAGGAAAUAAUCGAAGCCCAAGAUACUACGGAUUCCAGUUUGGACAAACUUCAAUACCUCAAUGCACACAUUAAAGAAUCCUUACGUCUUCAUCCGGCUGUACCUCAUACUGAGAGGAUGGCGUUCGAAGAUACUGUCCUUCCACUUUCCCGACCAGUAACCACGGAUUCGGGUCGAGUCAUUACUCAGUUGCCAGUCCGGAAAGGGCAGACUAUUUAUUUUGGAGUGGCUUCCUAUAACCGAAAUCCUUCUGUUUGGGGCUCCGAUGCCGAUACUUUUGACCCGCUACGUUGGCUCGAUGGCCGAUGUGAUUCUCAAAAUCUUCAGGGGUCGAUAGGACCGUAUUCAAACCUUGCAACGUUUGCUGGGGGAAGUCGCACAUGCAUUGGUUGGCGACUUGCUGUGCUAGAAAUGCAGGUUGUUCUCUUGGAACUUAUCUUGAGAUUCCGAUUCAAAAUCAAUCCUGAGCAGGCGAGGGAGAUAACUUCAUGCUUCGCUCUGACGCUUUUGCCUGUUAAAGUGGAGAGCGGAAAGUCGAGUCUCUCGCUUCUUGUACAGCCGAUAUAGGCUCUAUACUGUAUCACCAUUCCGGGACGAUUGUUCAUUAAGGUUUCAGUUACAAAUUCCACCAGUUAUUUCAUAUCUAUAGUAUAAAAGCCAC